AUGACGGGUGCAAUCGAGAUCUCGCCCGACUUCUUCGCCUUCUUCGAUGCCACGCGACCGCUGCUUGUGGCUGACCCAGACCUCUUUUGCGUUUCUGCUUGGAGUGACAAUGGAAAGCCAGACGUUGCCAGCAACGUCACUGCUGUGUACCGGUCGGACUUUUUUCCUGGCCUUGGGUGGAUGCUGCUACGAAGCUUCUGGGAGGAGGUGAAGGAUAGAUGGCCUGCAAAGUACUGGGAUGACUUCUUGCGCCGGGCAGAU